AUGAACGGCCUAGCCCAUCUCGAUAUACGGCCAUCCGUCGCCGAAGCUCGCGAUGCCCUCAACCAAGCCUGGGACGAUAGCAACCGCCCUACCCUUGUCCCCGUUUGCGCCUCGAGCCCCGCGGAUCUAUUGACGCCCUCUGCCAUAUACCUCAAGCUCUCGUCUGGUGCCACGGCCGAGUAUUCGUUCCUCCUCGAGAGCGCUACUGGUAGCAGCGAAACCGUCGGACGCUAUAGCUUUAUCGGCGCAAAUCCCAGAAAGGUCUUGAAGACUGGCCCCGGAUAUGAUCACAGUGGUGACCCCCUCCGCACCCUGGAGGCCGAACUAUCCCAGCACAAGGUCCUUGAUAUUCCUUCACUCCGAAUCCCCAAGCUCUCGGGUGGAGGUGUUGGCUAUGUCUCAUAUGACUGUAUCAAGUACUUCGAGCCCAAGACUGAACGAGCGCUCAAGGACAACCUCCAAAUCCCAGAGGCCCUUUUCAUGCUCUUCGACACCAUCAUCGCCCUCGAUCAUUUCCGUUCGACCCUGACCAUUGUGACGCACAUGGCCGUCCCCCAAAACCCUUCCGACGACAUCCAAGCAGCCUAUGACGAGGCCUGCGCAACCCUUCGAACCACCUUGGACAUAAUUCAACAGCCUGAGGCGCCUCUCCCCGUACAGAACCUUAGCUCACAAUCGAGCUCUGACCUCCAGUACUCGUCAAAUGUUGGCCGUCGGGGAUAUGAGAACUUCGUCACCAAACUCAAGGAGUACAUCGUCAAGGGAGACAUCAUCCAGGCUGUGCCCUCUCAGCGCUUCUCUCGAAGCACCAACCUCCAUCCGUUUAACAUUUACAGGACUUUGCGCACCUUGAACCCCUCGCCAUAUGUAUUUUUCCUGUCGUGUGCCGACUUCUACAUUGUCGGUGCCUCGCCUGAGUGUCUUAUGAAAACGGACGGCUACGCCCCUCUUCCGGUCGACCCUCGGUUUGGUUACAGCGUUGCAGAGGCGCGAUCACGACCCAGAAUCGUCAACCACGCCAUUGCUGGUACAAUCCACCGUGGUCGCAACGCCGCCGAGGACGACGAGCUCGCGGCUCAGCUUCAAGGCUCAAAGAAGGACCGUGCCGAACACGUUAUGCUGGUUGACCUUGCCCGCAACGACGUCAACCGUGUCUGCCACCCCAACACUGUCAAGGUCGAUCGCUUGAUGAGAAUCGAUCGUUUUUCUCAUGUGCAACACUUGACCUCAGAGGUAUCUGGAGUUUUGCGUCCUGAGUGCACGCGCUUCGAUGCGCUGCGAUCCAUCUUCCCUGCUGGAACAGUCUCAGGUGCGCCCAAGAUCCGUGCCAUGGAGCUCAUUUACGAUUUGGAGCAAGAAAAGCGUGGCAUAUAUGCUGGUGCUGCUGGCUGGUUUGGAUACGACAUUGUCAGGGUAGACGACUCCGACAAGGUUGACGCUGCGGAUCGAAUCUACGUUGACGAAGGCCCGAUGGACACCUGUAUCGCAAUUCGAACCAUGCUUGUCAAGGAUGGAGUAGCAUAUAUGCAAGCAGGCGGCGGCAUCGUGUUUGACAGUGACGAGACUGAGGAGUGGAUGGAGACAAUGAACAAACUGGCAGCCAACCUUCGAUGCGUUGAGUUAUCAGAGAAGUACUUUGGCAAUGGCGUAAGCACCAAGUCAGUCGAAGAGAUCAUUGCCGAAGAGAGGAGGAAGGGAGAGGAGGAGAUCAAGGCCGCAGCCCGGAACUGA